CUUCGACAUAUGUCGAUUACGGUUCACCACGCCACUUUAUCUGAUUCUAAAGAGACUCUCUGCAACGCGAAUUUAUCACAUUUCGAUGAGAAGCAAACAUCUUUAACAGUAUUUGACGGUCCUGACGUUACAACGACGACGUAACAAUUAUUUUUUGUUUCAUUCCACGUGGCAUCGAAAGGAAAUCAAAGAGGUGCAUAUUUUACUGACUUUUGUCUUUGAUGGUAUUCAAUAGGCUUCGUUGUGAUAGAAGGAAUCUUACGUGUAUUUAAACAACUGCUACUGCUUGAUUACAGAAGCUUCUAUUUCCUCGUAUUGGGAGACUUCGGAGAUAAAAUAAAAAAAGAACUGAUGGAAUUAACUGGAAACUGUUGCAUCAUGUCGUUGACUGUGGUAUUUAUGAUUGCACAAGGAUCGAGUGGGUUUUCUAUAUCAGGAAGCAAUGAAUUACGCAAGAACGCAGAUGACACACUCCUGAACUUGAUAACAGGAAUGUACAGUGCAGGCUCGUACAAACCUGAUGAAGAAUCGCAAAAGCGAGGACAAGGAUGGGCUAUUUCGUACGGUAAAAGGGCAUCACCGGGAUGGUCUAUAACGUAUGGCAAACGUGACUCCAUGGACGAUUUCCAACAGUUUUCUGCAAAAAGUAGACCCAGAUAUAUCAUCACCAAACGUGCUACACCUUUUGGAGUGUCGGGCUUUCACUGGAACCCCACACCGAACAAGCGACAGCAAGGGUGGCAUAUUGCAUAUGGAAAGCGAUUUGCCACUCCACUAUACAGGCGAUAACGUAUUUCAUCAUAAGUGGAAUGUGAUGAAAAUAUGACCAAUCAUGAACUGAACAUUGAAUUCUGCGCUCAUAUCAUCUUUAACAUGUUUCAUCUUACACCAAGAAAAAAAAUCGUUAAAUUUCGUAAAAUGAGUGCGAUGAGUGAUAAAGUCAAAUACUAAAGUAUUUUUAGAUGAUUUUUUUUCUUGAAGAUUGCUACAAUUCACCAAUUCCGCGAAAGUGAAUUUGAUUGAACAUGCAAAAAAACUAACGUAGAUAAUAAAAUUCCCAUUUACUGUAAACAUUCAUAUUUGAUAUCUCCUUUAUUAAUUGAGAAUUAUUCAUUCAUUAAAUGAAUAAGGCGUGAGUGCUGUUAAGUUACAAAUUCUACAAAAUUUAAACUGGUAAAGUAAAAAUGAUUUUAAUUCGAAAUAUCUUCGAAUGCCCGUUCUAUGCAGUACAUAUAUAAAGUCAACGCAAAAUUAUCAUUAUUAAGUGCGAGACCGUACUUACGAGUUGCAAAAACACUGUAAUUUACAAACUGUAGUCAACUCAACAUAGAACUGCGUUUAAGUGUAAAAACCAUAAUGUUAAUUGAUGUCUACAAACUAUAGAUUUUAUGGGUUUUACACCUGAAUGGUUGAAUAUCAGUGUAAUGAAUGAUUGUUUUAUUUAAUUCGCAAAUAAGAUGUUUGUAAAAUCCU